GCGGCAGCUUCGGCGGCGGCAGCGGCGGCGGCUGGUCCCAACGUUGCGGGGUCGAGGCCGGCCUGCGGGAUGGAGGCCUGGGGAGGCGCCUAGGCCCGUGGGUGCCGCGGCGGGCGGCGGGGUGGACGCUGGGUCCGGCCACCCCUGGAGGGUGACAGCGCUGGUGUGUGCAUCGUGAGUGAUCCCCGCAAUCGCGGGGGCCCCCCGAGUUGCCAUGCACCGAGGUGGGGGGAGCCCCGAGGCGGCCCCCCGCUACCUGCUCUGCACCAACUGCCGCAAAGUGCUGCGCAAGGAUGCUCAGAUCCACAUGUCUCCGCCCCUGGCCAGAGGACCUAGUGCCUUUAUCCCAGAGAAGGAGGUCCCUCAGGCCAACAUGGCGGACGAGCGCACCAAUGUCCUGGUGGAGGAGUACUCGACCUCGGGCCGCCUGGACAACAUCACGCAGGUCAUGAGCCUGCACACGCAGUACCUGGAGUCCUUCCUGCGGAGCCAGUUCUACAUGCUGCGCAUGGACGGACCCCUGCCACUGCCACACCGCCACUACAUCGCCAUCAUGGCCGCCGCACGACACCAGUGCUCCUACCUGAUCAACAUGCAUGUGGACGAGUUCCUCAAGACAGGCGGCGCGGCCGAGUGGCUCAGCGGGCUGGAGUUGGUGCCUCAGCGGCUGCGGAACCUCAGCGAGAUCAACAAGCUUCUGGCGCACCGGCCCUGGCUUGUCACCAAGGAGCAUAUCCAGAGCCUCGUCAGGACCGGGGAGAACAACUGGUCGCUGCCUGAGCUGGUCCAUGCCGUGGUGCUGCUGGCCCACUACCACGCCCUCGCCAGCUUCGUCUUCGGCAGUGGCAUCAACCCUGAGAGGGACCCCGAGGUCGCGGAUGGCUUCCGGCUCAUCUCCGUGAACAGUUUCUGUGGCUGCGAUGUGGCCAACGACAACAGCAUCGAGAACUCGUCUCUGGCCGACGCCAACUUUCGGAUUGUGGAUUCUCUGAGUGAGCUGGAGGCCUUGAUGGAGAGAAUGAAACAGAUUCAGGAAGGUCAAGCCGAGGACGCAGCCUCACAGGCUGAGAGAGACACGUGCUUGGAACAAGAGCAGGAUGAGGGUCUGUUCGUGGUCGCAGGAGACCCUCUCCACUCCUUCCCUCCCUCCGACUUUGACGACGAUGCAGUCAUGACAUCUGAUGUCUCCCGCUACGUGGAAGACCCUGGUUUCGGGUACGAGGACUUCGCCAGGCGUGGGGAGGAGCAUUUGCCGACGUUCUGUGCUCAGGACUACACGUGGGAGAACCACGGCUUCUCGCUGGUGAACCGGCUGUACGCAGACAUGGGCCACUUGCUGGACCAGAAGUUCCGCAUGGUUGACAGCCUCACCUGCAGCUCCAGGGUGGCCCAUGCCGGCAUGGACAGCGGCAGGCUGCGGAGGGCGCUCUUCAACUAUGUGCACUGCAUGUUCGGCAUCAGGUACGAUGACUAUGACUAUGGGGAAGUCAACCAGCUGCUGGAACGGAGCCUGAAGGUUUACAUCAAGACGGUCGCCUGCUACCCCGAGAGAGUUACCAAGCGCAUGUACGACAGCUACUGGCGCCAGUUCAGACACUCUGAGAAGGUGCACGUCAAUCUGCUCCUCAUGGAGGCCCGGAUGCAGGCUGAGCUGCUGUAUGCCCUGCGUGCCAUCACGCGCCACCUCACCUGAAGAAGGCCCAGCCCCGCACACAGCCCGCACCGCCCGCUGUUCCCCUG